AUGGCGACCGUCCCAGAAAUAAACAUCUCCAUUGAUCGCGGUGGCACAUUUUGUGACGUCCUGGUGCAAGUUUCCGGGCGCGAGGACCUGGUGUUCAAGUUGUUGUCAGAAGACCCGCAGAAUUACCGCGAUGCCCCAACAGAAGCCAUUCGACGAGCCUUGGAAAUCAUCGAGGGCCGUCAGAUUCCUGUCGGCGAAAAGCUAGAUGGAUCUAGAAUAGCAUCAUGUCGUAUUGGGACGACCAUUGCGACAAAUGCAUUGCUGGAAGGCAAAGGUCGAGAUUUCGCGUUCGUCACCACCAAAGGCUUCAAGGAUGUGUGCGUGAUCGACGAUCAAACGCGACCAGAAUUGUUUGCUUUGAAAGUUCGAAAGCCCUCUGCGCUGCAGGGUGUCUCGGUAGAGAUUGAUGAGCGUAUCACUAUCGAAGAUUAUGACCUGAACCCAGUGCCAUUGGACAAGACCGCGGCGAUCUCGGAGAAUGCGGUGGCCCGAACUCCAAGCGGAGAGUUGGUCAGGAUCUUGAAAGCUGUUGAUCCGGUGGAGGCUCGCGAAGUGCUGAGUGGCCUUCGCGCUUCUGGUUAUACUUCUGUGGUCAUCUCCUUCAUGCACUCCUAUCUGUAUCCUGCUCACGAGGACCAAGUCGCCGAGAUUGCGAAAGAACUGGGAUUUGACACGAUUGUGAAAGCCUCCGACGUCAGUCCUGUUAUCAAGUUUCUUCAGCGCAGCAGCUCCGCUUCUUCGGAAGCGUAUCUAUAUCCAAUCGUGAGGGAGUAUAUACAGGCAUUCCAGAGUGGAUUCAAGAUGCUUCCUCAGCGUGUCGAAUUUAUGGGAUCGGAUGGAGGCCUGAGGCAGGCAGACAGGUUCCGCGGUAAUGAGGCCCUUCUCAGCGGCCCCGCUGGCGGCGUCGUUGGUAUCGCGCGGACUUGUUUUGACGAGGCAGAGGGAACCCCUGUCUUGGGGUUCGACAUGGGAGGGACGAGCACGGAUGUUUGUCGAUAUGAUGGAAAAUAUGACUACCUCAGCGAGACCACCGUCGCAGGUCGGAAGAUCACAACCCCAAUGUUGAAUAUCGCGACUGUUGCAGCAGGUGGAGGGUCGAGACUGUUUGCUCGUCACGGGUUGUUUGUUGUCGGACCCGAAAGUGCCGGUGCUCACCCUGGACCUGCCUGCUAUCGAAAGGGAGGGCCACUCACCGUGACAGAUGCAAAUCUGUUUCUGGGCAGACUUGUCCAAUCCUCAUUCCCGGCUAUCUUUGGCCCAAACGCAGAUCAAACUCUUGAUAGCGAUGUCAUCAAGCAAAGGUUCGAAGAGAUCACUCACCAGAUCAACGAGCAAACGGGCCAGAAAUUGACUGCGGAGGAGGUCGCGUUUGGAUUCCUCGACGUCGCAAACGAGACUAUGACCAGACCCAUGCGCAAUGCAACGGAGGUCCGAGGUUUUGCGCCGAGUAGCCAUACGCUGCUGGGGAUUAAACGCAUUCUCAUCCACAAACAUUCUUCAUUGCUGUCUGCUGUCGGCAUUUCGCAAGCAGACCUCCAGGUGGAACGAACUCUUCCGGCUGUUGGUUUCUUCGACGUUGGAGCUUUGGACGACGUGAGAUCGAAAAUAGAUCGACUCAAGUCCGAAGUUAAGUCGGCGCUGCUUUCGCAGGGUGCAGAUCCAGCGACAGUUGAGUUUGAAGAGUCCCUGAGUUUACGAUACGCAGGUACAGACACCAACAUCCAAAUAUCCAAGCCGGUGAAUGAAGACUACGGUGCCUCCUUCAUCGCCACGCAUCUUCGAGAGUUUGCGUUCGUUCUUGAGCGAAAGAUCAAUAUCGACUCAAUCAAGGUUCGUGGAGUCGGACGGAACGGUAUCUCCACCGAGAAGACUUCUCCGUACUCAAUACUGGAGGAAGUGAAGUCUCGCAAAGAGUACAUCCAUUCUUCAAAAACACAGGCCGUAUAUACUGGUACCAAGUGGCAGGAUGUACCCAUAUUUGAACUGGAGUCAGCACAGCGUCCUUGCCGCGUACGAGGCCCUGCCUUGUUGAUCGAUUCAACUCAAACAAUCUUCGUUGAGCGCAAUUUUGAUGCAACCAUUUUGAUCGAUCAUGUGGUCCUCGAAAUCUCAGAGACUGGAAAGCCGAAGGUCGGUGCCUCCCACUCAUUAACGAAUAUCGACCCAAUCCAGCUUUCCAUUCUUUCCCACCGGUUCAUGGCAAUUGCCGAACAGAUGGGACACACUUUACAGCGUACAUCUAUCUCGACCAGUAUCAAAGAGCGCCUCGACUUUUCUUGUGCUAUUUUCUCACGAGAGGGCAAGCUAGUGGCGAACGCGCCGCACAUCCCCAUUCAUCUCGGCAGCAUGCAGUAUGCAAUCCAAUACCAGCACCGUCUAUGGGGAGCGACGCUCAAACCUGGGGAUGUCCUCUUGAGCAAUCACCCCGAAUGUGGUGGAACUCAUCUUCCAGACCUGACAGUCAUCACACCGGUAUUCGUGGAUGGUGAAUCCAGUGUGGCCUUCUAUGUCGCUUCGCGCGGCCACCACACGGACAUCGGCGGCCAGGGAAUUACAUCCAUGAUGCCAGACUCAAAAGAACUGUGGCAAGAAGGAUUCAAUGUUCGCUCGAUGAAGAUCGUCGACAAUGGCAUUUUCCUUGAAGAAGAUGUGCGCGGUGCCUUCCUAGCAGCGGGAGAUCUACCUGGCUGCAGUCCAACCCGGCGGUUGGACGAUAACAUUUCAGACAUCAAGGCCCAAAUUUCUGCCAACCAACGUGGCAUCAUCCUUUUGCAAAAAAUGUGCUCGGAAUUCACCUUCCCCAUAGUGCAUCAUUAUAUGAGCGCCAUUCAGAGGAAUUCGGAAACGGCCGUGCGGGAAUACCUGAAACAUAUUUCUCGGACCAGGACCAUGCCGCUGACAGCAACUGACCAUUUUGACGAUGGCACCGUCCUCAAAGUCACUAUCUCCGUCGACGAGUCUGGUGGCGCUGUGUUCGAUUUCGCAGGGACUGGCCCACAGACGUGGGGAAACUACAACUGCCCAAUUUCGAUCACUCAUUCGGCUGUGAUAUACACUCUGCGUUGUCUGUUGGACGCAGAUGUGCCGCUCAAUGACGGCUGUCUAGCUCCUAUUAAUAUCCGCAUACCCAAGGGUUCGAUUCUGAAACCGAGUGCUGAGGUGGCCAUUUGCGGCAGCACACUUGCCAGCCAGCGGGUUAUCGAUACGAUUCUCAGAGCAUUCGAGUGCUGCGCUGCAUUUUCUGGCUGCGCUAACAGCUUUGGAUGGGGAAUGGGAGGCAGGAAUCAUCUCACUGGAAUCAUCGAGCCUGGGUGGAACUACGGCGAAACAGUUGGAGGCGGCUGUGGUGCCGGACCAAGCUGGGACGGCGAGCAUGCCAUUCAGGCGCAUUCAACCAACACUAAGAUCACAGAUGCGGAGGUUGUUGAAAAGAGAACUCCUGUGAUCAUCCGCAAACAUGCAAUCAACCACAAAACCGGUGGCAACGGUGUAUUCAAAGGAGGAAACGGCGCAGUUCGUGAGAUUGAGGCAAGAAUUCCCCUCAAAUUCAGCAUCCUUAGCGAUCGCCGGGUAUACUCUCCAUAUGGAAUGCAUGGAGGUCAACCAGGCUCCGUGGGCAAGAACUUUGUUUUCAGGUGGAAUGAAGACAAAACCGCAUUAGGAAGGCUUUCCAUUGGUGGAAAGGCUGCUCUCGCUCUCAAGGCUGGAGAGAUAAUGCAGAUCAAUAGCCCUGGUGGAGGAGGCUGGGGCACUCCAGAGCUUUGA